UAACAUUGAUUAUUAACUGAGAACCUCUCAAAGCUAAACUUUCAAAUAAUGUAAAAAGACCAAAUCAAAUAGUUUUUAGCUAAAAUACUUGUGUUGACGUUUUUUGUUUGAAAAUAGUAGAAUUUCAAUUUAUUCAGCGGACACCCCUGCCUGCGGCUGGCCACAUUCUGCUGUCUCCGAUUUCAGCAACUUCUACCAUGUGGGUGCCGAACAUGCCAGUGACGAUUAUAACCGCGGUGGCGGCCACUGCAGGUGGGGCCUGCAUAUUCAAAGAUUUUUACGGCGGUCCGCCUUUUGAUAAAGCCGUUCGCGCUGAUGGCAAGGUGGUGAUUGUGACGGGUGCGAACAGUGGCAUCGGCAGGGAGGCAGCCUGGGACCUCGCCAGGCGAGGAGCCAAGGUGUUCCUGGCGUGCCGCAACAUGGAGAAGUGCGAGGAAGUGCGUCGCGAGAUCGUGCUGGAGUCCAACAACAAGUACGUGUACUGCCGCCCCUGCGACCUGGCCAGCACCGAGUCCAUCAGGAAGUUCGUCGAGAGGUUCAAAUCCGAGGAGCCCCGCCUGGACGUCCUGAUCAACAACGCCGGCGUGAUGGAGCCCCCCGCCAGCGUCACGCGCGACGGCUUCGAGACACAGCUCGGGGUCAACCAUCUCGGACACUUCCUGCUCACCAACCUUCUACUGGAUACAUUACAGAAGUCAGCCCCCAGUCGCGUGAUAUCAGUAGCUGGCAGCUCGCACUACAGAGGAGACAUAAACAAGGAAGACCUGAACUUCAGCAAGAAGUACGACGGGCCCGCUGCGCACGCGCAGAGCAAGCUGGCCACCGUGCUGUUCAUCAGAGAACUUGGUAAACGGAUGUUGGGUAGUGGCGUGGCCGCGAUCGCAGUAGACCCGAGCCUGACGGACACUGCCAUCACCCGGCACAUGUCCAUGAUGAAGAGCGUCUCGCGCUACUUCGUGUACCCGCUGUUCUGGCCCUUCAUGAAGACCGCCAAGCUGGGCGGCCAGACCCUCGUGCAGGCCGCCCUCGACCCCGCCCUGGCGGACUGCUCGGGAGACUAUUAUGUUGACAUGAAGAAGAAGGAUCCCUCUGCGCUCGCGCAGGACUACGAGCUGUCUGACUGGAUGUGGAAGGUCAGUGAGAAGUGGACCAAGCUGGACGAGCACAAAGCAGCCCUGAAUAAGGCCACGGCAGCGUGAUAGAGGCUACUAAAAUGCUGUUUCUACAGACCACCUAACAUAGGUUAUGUGUAACCAAUUGAAAACCGACCUUACGGGUACGUGAUAAGAGCUAAAUUACAUUGGCAUUGCCGUACAGCUAGUAUGUCUUGUUAUAACUUCAUUAGACCACCUAGGUUAUUUUAACCAGUUGAAAGUCAACCUAAUGGGUAUGUGAUAAGAGCUAAAAUACAAUGAGACUGCUGUACAGCUUGUAUUGCUUUUACUUAAUUAUAUUAGAAUGAAUGUGUUUAGUGUUAGGGGAAUGUCUGCAUUUAUUGUUAACUAGUUAAUAGUUUCGUUAAUAAAUUACUGAUAAUUA